CCUUUGUGUCCCUUUCCAUCGGUUUUUGACUACGGAUCAUGGAUGGAUGGGGCCCUCUCUCCCCAAUCCUCUGCCGUGUUGCCAGCAAGACUUCGCCAUGGCAAAUGGCAAUCCGUGCGCCCCUGUUUAGCGGCUCUGGGAUGGACAAGCCGGCGAUCCUUUUUUGUCUUUGUGUGCAUGUAUGGAUGGAUGGAUGUAUAGACUUGUAAGGUAGUUUGCAGUAGUACUCCAACGUACAGUACGCCGACUGUCAUGAAAGGGCGUCUCAGCAAAUCCCUACACUGUUAGAAAGCAUGCUCAAGUAAGUAACAUUCC